UGAUGGCAUAGACCAGAGAAUUCUCUUAUUUAUUAGCAUAUAUAGUGAUUCACUCAUUAGCCAUUCUUUGCCAUAGUCUCUAAAAGCAAUGGCUUCAACUUCAGCAUCUUGUUCCUUUACCAUUAGUGUGUUAUUCCUCAUUUUUGUGCACCUGUCUUGUUUCGCAAACAACCUUAAUGCAAAGCACAGUCACAACCAUCGCAAGCCUCAACACACUGAAAAUCCUCCCUUGAAUCCAAGACUUCACAUGGCCUUUCUUGGCCUCCAAGCAUGGAAGCAAGUCAUCUACUCAGACCCAAAUAACUUCACUGCCAAUUGGGUAGGUCCUUCAGUCUGCAACUACACAGGUGUGUACUGUGCUCCCUCAGUUGAUGAUCCUGAAGUGAGAGUUGUGGCUGGCAUUGACCUUAACUUUGGAGACAUAGCAGGGUUCCUACCCGAUGAAAUAGGCCUUCUGUCAGACCUUGCACUCCUUCACCUUAGUAACAACCGCUUCUGUGGCAUUCUGCCAAUGUCCUUAACCAACCUCACUCUACUCUAUGAGCUUGAUAUUAGCAGCAACAGGUUUGUUGGUCCCUUUCCUUUGGUUUUGCUUUCCCUUCCUAUGCUCACCUACCUUGACCUCCGCUACAAUGAAUUUGAAGGGCCAUUGCCUCCUCAACUAUUCAACAAAACCUUUGAUGCCAUUUUCCUCAACAACAACCGCUUCAGCAGUUCUAUACCUCCAAACUUGGGCAAAAACUCAGUUUCUGUCUUGGUCUUUGCCAACAACAAAUUUGGAGGGUGUCUUCCAGAGAGCAUAGUGAACUUUGCUGACACUUUGGAGGAGCUUGUGCUAAUCAACACUAGCUUGUCAGGUUGUUUGCCACAGCAAGUGGGGUUUCUCUACAAACUUAGAGUGCUGGAUGUGAGUUUCAACAGCAUUGUUGGCCCCAUUCCUUAUAGCCUUGCAGGGUUGUCUCACUUGGAGCAACUAAACCUGGGACACAACAUGAUGAGUGGCACUGUCCCUAUGGGGGUUUGUGAGUUGCCAAACUUGGCAAACUUCACUUUCUCUUACAAUUUCUUCUGUGAGGAAGAGGGCAUCUGUCAGAACUUGACAUCAAAGAGAAUAGUGUUUGAUGACAGAAGGAACUGUUUGCCAGAGAAGCCACUGCAGAGGAGCCAAAAGGAAUGCAGUGCCAAACUUGAACACCCAGUUGAUUGCUCUGAGCUUUGCUGUGUUGUUGGGAGCAAUGUCUCUGCUGGUUCAGUGGCUGUUCCACCUGCUGCUAUUCCCUCAGCAAUGCCUGUAUCUGCUCCUCUUCUUGCACCAAGCCACCCUUAAGCAAAAUGUUUGUAUUGAUAUGAAUAGGAAAAAUAAAAGUCCAAAUUUGAGUUAGGAAGUGAUCUUGUAGAUACAAAGUUGUGUGCUAAAUGUGUCUGUAUUCUAUUGCGUCAUGCGUCUUAUUCCUUGUAAAGUGUUUCAUUUGACAGGAAGUGAGCGAGUUCUAGAUAUCUCUCGUUUUGUGGAUAUAAUAGCUUCAAAGGAGACCAAUCUUUCUUCUGGAACAACACUUUUUCUUCAUCCCAUUUUAGAAAAUCGUGGUUCUCUCAUGAAAAAACAGAUUAACAGAUUAUUA